AUGGGAGAAGUCACUGUUCCUCGGAAGCUUUGGGAGCACCCAAGCCCGGAAUCUACCCAAAUGGGCCGAUUCCGGACUGCGCUGGAGAUAUCCAGAGGCGUCAAGUUCAAGUCAUUUCAUGAGCUCUAUCUGUAUUCAAUUCGGAAUCGACCCGAGUUCUGGGAAUUUUGUUGGAGGUAUUUCAAGAUCAUCCAUGAAGGAACUUACGGCUCUGUGGUAGACGAGUCUGCGAGGAUGGACAGUGUGCCUGGGUGGUUUACUGGCGUUAAGGUGAAUUUCGCAGAGAAUCUACUUUUUUCUCGUCGCCUGGGCGACACCACUGGCAAAGAAGACACCAAAGUCGCCAUCACAGAGAUUCGCGAGGGGGGACUGAAUGAGGCGGUACAUCUUACCUGGGGAAAGUUGAGAUCGAGAACAGGCCUGCUGAUCCAGGCGAUGAAAGCAAGUGGUGUUGUACGCGGCGAUCGAAUAGCUGUCUGUGCUUCCAACAGCAUUGAUACUCUUCUCGUAUUCCUCGCAUCAACAGCCCUGGGCGCGAUAUUCUCUUCAAGUUCGACGGACAUGGGUGUGAAGGGAGUGUUGGAUCGUCUCCUACAAAUAAAGCCGCGUUGGUUGUUCAUGGACGAUUUCGCCGUGUACAAUGGGAAGAAGAUUGACUUGCGCCCCAAGAUUAAGGAGAUAGUUGCCGGAAUACGGUCCAUUCGCGAGUUCCAAGGUGUUGUCUCACAGCCACGCGCACCAUCUGAGCCUGCUGAUAUCCGGGAUAUCCCGCGGGUUGAGACACUUUCCAACUUUCUCUCCAAGGCAAAGGGCAGAGAUCAUCUGGAGUUUGAGCGAGUCGACUUUCGUGAUCCCUUUCUGGUGGUAUAUUCCUCUGGCACUACUGGUAAACCAAAAUGCAUUGUUCACUCGGUGGGAGGCGUGCUGUUGAAUUCUCACAAGGAAGGUAGUUUGCACACAGAACUUGGACCUCAGAGCACGGCAUGCCAAUAUACAACCACGGGGUGGAUCAUGUACCUUUCCGCCAUCCAAACAUUGCUCUUUGGAUCCCGCGUGAUUCUAUACGACGGCAGUCCUUUUAUACCAGAUGUCAGAGUGCUGGUCGAAAUUGUAGCCCAGGAAAAGGUCACGCACCUAGGAAUUUCCCCACGGUGGCUACAUGAAUUGCAGCAAGCGACGAUACGACCACGCGAGGUGGCAGACCUCUCAUCGCUUCAAGUGGUAACUAGCACCGGUAUGGUGCUGCGAGAUGAGUUAUUCGAAUGGUUUUAUGAUGAAGGAUUUCCGGCGCAUGUUCGGCUGAACAAUAUCUCGGGUGGCACGGAUCUUGCUGGGUGUUUUGGAAUUGGCAAUUCUCUGAGUGCCCUUUAUGUAGGUGGGUGCGCUGGGUGCAGUUUAGGAGUGCCAGUUGAAGUCUUCGACGCAACUAUCGAAGGAGGAAAUGGUGCCAAGGGUGUUCCUGUGGAGGAAGGUGUGCCUGGUGAGCUCGUGGCCACUUCAGCCUUCCCUAACAUGCCAACACAAUUCUGGGGUGAUGCCAAUGGCAAAAAGUACCACAGCGCAUAUUUUGAACGAUUCGACAAUGUUUGGACGCACGGGGACUUUGUUUCCAUUCAUCCUAUCACAAAGCAGCUCGUGUUCCACGGGCGAGCUGACGGGGUCCUCAACCCCUCCGGCGUCCGUUUCGGAUCGGCUGAGAUCUAUCGAGUGAUUGAGGGCCAAUUCGCACAGGAAAUUGCGGAUUCAAUUUGUGUAGGUCAACGACGGCCCUCCGACACAGACGAGCAGGUGUUGCUCUUCUUGAUGAUGAGGGGCGGGGUAUCCUUUACGAACGAAUUGGUCGAUCGGGUCAAGAAUGCGAUCCGAAGCGAGUUGAGUGCCCGCCAUGUGCCGAUGUACAUAUUCGAGACCCCUGAAAUACCGACCACGGUCAAUUUGAAGAAAGUGGAGCUGCCUGUGAAGCAGAUUGUAUCAGGCAAGCGAGUUCAACCCUCGGGGACCCUGCUCAACCCUGGCAGCCUGGAUUAUUAUUAUCGAUUCGUCGAGAUCGAGAAGCGGGAGAGCAAAUUGUGA